GCCCUCCCACCCGGGCUUAUUCGGUUUGCUAUCAGUUAACCCCACCCAUGGUUCCUCAGCCCUCGUUCCCAUCUCCCCUCUCUCCCAGCCUCACCCCCGGUUGCCGUUCAUCGUCGCCUCCGCAGUUCGUUACUUUAUGAUAAACUGGCAUCAUAAGGAAUGGUAAAAGAUUGGAGUAUGACUAGAAACCAGAAUCGUGAUACAUCUAGAAAAAUUCCUGACAACAGUGGUGUGGCGCCUUGGUCAGAUCUUAACCAUGAUGUGCUUCUUUUAGUUAUCAUGCAACUGGAGUUGAUUUUAUGUCAUUCAGUGGAGUUUGCAAGUCAUAUAGUUCGUUGCAAAAUAUAACAGGAAAAGGUUUAUGGGUUCCAAAUUAACUACCCAUGUUGAUACAUGGAUCUUUGCAUAUUUUAUAAGAAAGACAAGUGUUGUGUUACCUACAGGAUAUUGAAGGAAGAGUGUUUAAAACCCAUGACUUCUGGCUUGUGAAUCCUGUCAGAAGGCAUGAACUUCAUUUCCCUAAUGUAUGUUUUUCUGUUGACGCUACACCUGAAAUAGGAGUUAGGGCUAUCUUUAUUUUUUAACCAUCAAUAUCUGAGUGGGUGUUUGCCAUAUUAAAUAGUUCCACGAAUAAAAUAUGGUUCUCUACAGCGGGUAAUGGAGCAUGGGAUCUUGUCUGCUCUACUUUGCUUAUUCUUGAUUACCAUCUUUAUCAACGGGAAUAUAUAUAUAUAUAUAUAUAUAUAUAUAUAUAUAUAUAUAUAUAUAUAUUCUGUAAUCAUCGGUUUUGAUUUAUAUGUUGAAACAUUUUUAAGAUUUUCUGAAUUAGCAUUUGUUGCUUUGCAUUUUUCAAUUUUCAUGUUUAAGCAGUUUCAAUGUCACUCACGGUUUUGAUCGAUUAGAUUGUUUUUAGCACCUUUAGCAUUUAGCAUAAUCCAGUUUGAGUGGUAAAACUCAAACAUACCAAAUUGACCCACUAUUGUUACUGCCUCAUCACCCUGGUGAACUAUCAUAAAAGAAUAAAGCUGCCUGUCAGAUCUCCAUGAUUCCUUUGAUUUUGUUGUUACUAAUAUUAUUAAGAUUAGGAUUUCGUUGUACAUUCUGUUUCUGCAAGUUAUCAUAAUUUGCCCUUUUUAGUUUACUUCCCAUAAAAAUCUAAUAUGAAAUAAUUUAUAUGUUUCAUUUUUGUCAUUCCUGAUUUGUUUGGUUUUUAUAGGAUUGAGUUGUGACUUGUGUGUGUUUGUGUAUGUUGCUGUAAAAGUUUCCAUCGGUUUACUUGUAGGAAGCAAGCAUUCUAUGACACUUUACCUCAAUGGAGUGCUUAUGCUAUUUGUUUCCUGCAAUGAAUCCCAUCAUUUACAGGGAACGUUUCUUUAUCAUUAUAUAGUUGACUAAUUAUUUUGAUCCUGAUUUUCCAGUUGCAAUCAAGCAUUCUUAUACAUUUCAUAUUGCAUAUCAUGUACUUGGGUUCCAUAAUCAUUUUGCCUUUAUUUAUUUUUUAUUUUUUUGAGUUGAAUAGAUGGUUAAUCAAGGCAUAUGGAGUAAGUAAUUCAUACUAUAUUAGAAAAUAUUGUGUUAGGAGCUGUUGUAAAUACAUUUUUUGUAUGUCUAUUUAUUAUGGAUGAUGAAGUUUCUUAAUAUACUAAUGCAUACCAGAAAUUAUAUGCUCUAAUACAGCAUUGAAUGACUGGCCCAAGCACAAUGAUCACAUGUGAAGUCACGUGCAUUCACCGCGUCUUGUUAAGGGGUAUGAUUGUCAUUUCUCAUCCAAAUAGAACCCUGAUGUUACCCCUCAAUUCCCAUCUCAUCUCUAGUAUUUAUGCUUUUCUCGAGUACAAAUUUGCAAUCCCUAGAACUCCACCUUCAACGCCGUGUCUUCACCAUUGCAGGACAAGGAGUAUGACCAGAAAUCAGAAUCGUGAUGGUGCAUCAUCAUCUAGCAGGAAGAGAGUCAAUGGUGGUGUGGCACCUUGGUCAGACCUUAACCCUGAUGUGCUUUUUUUAGUUAUGAUGAAUCUGGGGGUGAUUGAUUUUCUUGCAUUCGGUGGUGUGUGCAAGUCAUGGAGGUCACUCGCACGCAAUAAUAAGAAGAUUUUUAUGGCAUCCAGACCACCCAUGUUGAUGUCAAUCUCUGAUCCUUCUUAUGAGAAUAAAGAGUUGUACUGCUGUCUAGAGGACUUUGAAGGUAGAAAGUUCAAAACCAUCCUUCCCCAUGCUGCUGGCAGGAUCUGUGUUGGAAUAACUUGUGGUUACCUGAUCUUGUUCGGAGGGGAAACCAAAGACUUCUGGCUUGUAAAUCUUAUCACAAGGCAGCAACUUCAUUUCCCUUGUUUCCCCUUUAAUGCACGUACUGAUCUAGCAAGAAUCAGAGGUAUCCUUGUCUAUUCACCUUCAGUAUCUGGGUGGGUGUUUGUGGUGUUGUGUACAUUCUCCUGUCAAAUUUGGUUUUCUAUGGCGGGUACACGAGCAUGGAGUCGUAUCUCCACUUUCCUCACGAUUGAUUUACAUGCUUUCAAGGGGAAGAUAUAUACCAUAAACAUUGGUUGUCGUCUAUGUGAAAUGAAACUCACACCAGAGCCCAAAUUGACUUUACUCCAAAACAAGAAUAUUCCACAGCCAGGCUUCUUUUUUCCGGAGUUUGUAAGUUCGGGUGAAAACCUUUAUGUGAUGGACCGUGGGUUCAAAGAUUCAUACACGGUUCACAAACUAGAUUUUGAGGAAAUGAAGUGGGUGUCGUCGGAAAAAACAUUAGAAGAAUGUGCAUUCUUUGUUAACGACUUCAAGUAUUCUGCUGCUAUUAAAUCAGACUUGUGGGUUGAUCAUCGGUCACUAUAUGAGAGAUAUGCUUACUUCCAUUCCACCAUCGAUACAAGUCGAAAAGGCGGGUUCCUUCCUUCAUACAUCUGGUACUUCCCCAGUGAUUGUUUGAAUGUAAAUCUCUUAGAUGAAUGAUGACUUGGAUCGGAUGCACUCUUAUCUUGGUUUUUAUCUUUGCAUAUGUUGAACAUUUUCAAGAUGUUUCAUCCAUGGAUUUGGAUUUUCAGUUUAUUGUUCAAAGAUUUUGGUUGUCACUCAACCUUUUCUUUUAGCUAUAAAUGUCCUUUAUUUACAA